AUGGACUUCACAACCAUUCGACCGUUUCAACAUGUCGUUCUCCGGUUACCCAACGACCAGACUCGGAUCGAACGAUUGAACCCUAACUCGCUCAUAAGUCUAGGCAAGUAUGGAUCUUUCCAUACCAAUCAACUAUUCGGGCGUCCAUAUCACCUCACAUUUGAGAUCCUGGACAAGUCAGAAGCCCGUCCGGACAGGGAACUGAGAAUCAUUUCUGCCGCCGAGCUUCAUGCGGCGGAGCUGCUUGAAGAAGCAGGUGGUGAGGAAGGCACGCCACCGAGCAAUGAGGUGGACGAGUAUGGGCUGCUGACGGGCGAUAAGUCCAAUGUCAACAUCAUGGACGACCCGCUCAAUCAACGUCUAACUAUGUCCGAAAUUGAGGAGCUGAAGCAGGAUGACAUGGGCAGCACCAAAGAGCUCAUCGCGAAGAUCAUGUCAUCUCACACGAAUCUCGACCAGAAAACGGCAUUCUCGUUGGCAAAAUACACGCUCCGAAAGCACCGGAAGUAUAUCAAGCGUUUUACAGUAUUACCCUUGGACGUGGCAACACUCACAGACUUCAUGAUGGUCGAGAAAGACUUCACUAGAGUUAUGGAGAUCCGCAACGAGGUACUUGGCCUCAUAGGCUGCUGGGCCAACAUUCAUGCUAGUGGCGAUCCUUUACCAAGCGCACAGUCGUCUUCGCGCUAUCUUGUCGUCGACGACACUGGCGGUCUUGUAGCCGCCGCCAUGGCCGAACGUAUGGGUAUACUUCACCAAGCCUACCCCUCGUCGCAGAUAGAGACAGAAGAGGAUGUCGAUAUCGACAACCUGGACGAGCCCACGGAAACCACAUCGUCCAUCGUUGCCGCGCCGCCCGUUAAACCCCGCCGGCAAGCCUACGCGGCCGACCAAAUGUCCGCCUCUUCCAACACUCUAACCGUCAUCCACUCCAACCAACAACCCAACCUCGCCCUGCUCCGCUACUUCAACUUCGACAGUAUGAACCCCACCGCCACCCACCCGCUCUACAGCCACCUCAAAACCCUCUCCUGGCUACAGCUCAUCGAGCCCGAGUCGGACAGCGCCUACAUCGAGCCCCCCAUCCUGCCCCCCCACGAGCUCGCCAAGCUCAAAAGCAACCGGCGCAGCAACUACUUCCGCAAGCGCCGCCGCUGGGAGCGCGCCCGCGCCGUCAUCGACGAGACCCGCGCCGGCGGCUUCGACGGCCUCGUCGUCGCCAGCUACACCAACCCGACCAGCAUCCUGCAGCACCUGGUCCCGCUCCUCGCGGGCGGCUCGCAAGUCGUGGUAUACUCGCCGCAGAUGGAGCCGCUGCUGUCGCUGACCGACUACUACUCGACCGCGCGCCGCACGGCGUUUCUGAGCCUGCAAGACGAUGGCGAUGGCGACGACGACGAUGAGGAGACGACGACGACGACGAGGAAGAGGAGGCAGCAGCACGUCCCGAGCGAGGACUUCCCCGUGGAUCCGACGCUGCUGUUGGCGCCGAUGGUGCAGACGAGCAGGGUCCGGAAGUGGCAGGUGCUGCCGGGCCGGACGCAUCCCGUCAUGACGAGCAAAGGCGGCGCCGAGGGGUAUGUGUGGACGGCGACGAGGGUGGUGAGGGCGGAGGGCAAGGUGGCGGCGAGGGGCAAGGGGAGGCGGAACGUGAGGAAUAAGCUGGUGCGGGAUGAGGUGGGUGCGGUGGAGGAUGGUGUGACGAAUGGGGCGGGCAUGUAUGCUACAACAGAUGCAGAUGGGCAGCAGGAUUCCAAAAGGCUGAAGUUGGGAGACGAGGGGGAGGGUAUUGGCGAGGACGUGGUCGUAGGCAGUUGA